AUGUCGGUCCGAGUCUUCAUCUACGCCUACAGAAAACCCGGCCUCUCCCUCGAGGACUUUAGAAAGCACUACGAAGAACACGUCAACCUCAUCAAGGGUCUUACUGGAGACGACUUUCCUCUAUCUCAUAAACGUCACUACAUCGCCCGGAACGUCGUAAGCAGUGAAGACAGCAAACACAUCACGGCAACCGAGCGCAACCCAACUACACCAGCUAUCGUGUUCGCGGGUCAACAAUCGGAUUUCGACUUCGAUGCAUAUGCUGAAUUGACGUUUGCGAGCCAAGAGGCUCUUCAAAUAUUUACCGCCAAAGUACAGGCCCCGGAAGCUGCGGCUCAGCUUGCGGCUGAUGAGGAGAAAUUUUUGGAUCGGUCGAAGCUGGGUAUUGCUAUGUUGGGGGAUGUCAUUGAGACGACCAAGUCGUGA